GUUCAUGUAUUUUCUAGCUAUUGCAGCUGCUCACUUCUAGCACAAAUCAAAAAGACUUCGCGAGCCACCGGACGAUGCCGGGCACGGGGAAGGCGGAUGUCAGUCCUUCUCAGUUUGAUAUGCAGUGGAGAAGCCGAGUCGACUGCGAGGAGUUUUGGGCAACCUUUCCAGUAUUCUCCCCUCGACCAGGGAUUCACACAGAAGGCUUGAUACCAAUUCGAGUGGAGACCGGUCACUUUCGCAAAUUGGUCGGAAGUGUGAGAGGUAAGCCAUGCUUGGCAGGUGAUGAUGUUUCUGCAUGCAGCUCUCAGCUGCACUCCAGCAGAAGCCGAAGCGGCUCCGAGGCCACUCCUCAGCCCCCGAGCAGACAGUCCUUCUUGAGAACUGCCUCAUCUCCUAGGUCCAGCCUUGCAGCGGCAGCACUUGUCCUCGAUGCAGGCGCUGCAGACAUGAGGAACCAGCUGCAGCAGGAGCGGGUGCUGAGACAGAAGGCCGAAGACGAAGUUCAGCAGUUGCGAGCAAAGCUGGCAACAUAUGUUUAAGUGAAGGCAGAGACUCCGGAGUUCCCACGUCUUGAAGAUGUUGUAAAGUUCUCGAUUUCAACGGACUCUUUGCUGCCCCUCCGCAAAUGCGGAGCGUCUCACCAUCGUAUUAUUGCUACAAUGGUCAUGCAAAGUAGACUGCAUCGUCCAAGGAUGUGCAGAAUCUAACAUGCAACAUGACCAACGCAGAGGCAGUUGAUUCAGUGGAUUGGGA